AUGAGCGCCUCAGACGGACAACCACCCCCAGACACAAACUAUGCGCCGACCUUCCUCGCCGUCACCGGCGUCUUCACGCUCCUUGCCAUCGGCCUCUGUAGCGCCCGGAUCUACUCGCGGCUACGGCCAAAGCCCAAUCUGCGCAUCGACGACUACCUCAUCUCAACUGCCACUAUACUAUGCGUCGUCGACUUCUUCCUCUCGCUGAUCGCCUCUCUCCACGGCUGGGGCCACCACUCCGCCUACGUAACCGCGGCCGACGUGACCAUGGUCAUGAAAGUAAACUUCGUGCAGCAAGUCGUCUGGAUAGCCGCCAUCGCGCUGACGCGGCUCUCCAUCGCGCUGUCCCUCCUGCGCCUCAGCCACGACCGCUACUGGCGUCUGAUCCUCUGGAGCAUCAUCGCCAUCCAGAUGGUGACCUAUGCCGGCCACAUGCUCUUCCAGUUCGCAAACUGCGCGCCGCUCCGCGCGAGCUGGGAGCCCGUGUACGAUGUGCGGUGCUGGCCACGGAAGUACGUGCUGGUGUUUGGCUGGGUGGCGAAUAGCCUCCUCGUCCUCAACGACACCAUCCUCGCCCUCUUCCCCAUCCACCUCAUCCGCACCCUGCACCGUUCCCCCCGCGAGAAAGUCCUCAUCUGCUUCCUCAUGGCUACCGGUCUCCUCGCCGCCGCCAUUGCCGCGUACCGCAUGGGCCUCUCCAAAGCUGCCUUCGCUGGGGACCUGCUCUCCAGCACCGUCAUGAUGAGCAUGUGGUGCAUGCUCGAGGUUCUGCUAGGCAUCAUCGCGGCAUGUUUGGCGCCGCUGAAGGCGCCGGCGGAGAGGUUUCUGCACAGGGCGGGACUGCUGGUGAGUAGGAGGGAGGUAACGAGGCCGAGUUUUGUGGUUAGUUUGGGUGAGAGGGAUCUUGAGGGCGGAGGGGGAGAGGUUCCGCCGAGUAGGAGUACGGAUGGCGAGGGAUGGAAAGAUUCGGUGCAUGAUGGGGUGGGCAAGAAGGAGAGGGCGGGUGUGGCGACUGUGGAGGUUGGGAGGGGGCAGGGGGAUGUGGUUUGA